AUGCAAACAGAUAAAUUAAAACACGAUCUGGACAUGCUAACAGCACAGACACUCUCUCUUUACCACAAAAUGGAGGCGGAUAAUACCAAGCUGAUAAAGAAAUACAAACAGGACUUGGAGAUGUACGAGAAGCAACUCAAACAACAAAUACAGGAAUGUAAAGCAGCUCUCCAGCGUGGUUCACACUUACAGAUAUAUGAUGCAUAUUGUGAUAUCCAUUCUCCCUCAUACAGUCUCCCUGUAAAACCUGUCAUGGGUACUGCCAACUUCACUCCAAAUGAAAGUCCUCAAGAUCACUUGAAAAAAGCCUUGGGAAGAGUUAUCACCUCCGGUCAAGGUCAAACUUUAACUGACCACGAUCGGUCAGUUUCAACAUCUGAUGAUCUGGAACAACUCUCUACACAACAACAAUGGUCAGAAGCAAAAGUGAAGAAAGCAGUGACAACAUACAAACUACUGCCACAGACCAAGGUAUUGGAGGAGUGGGAGUCAUGGGACAUGGAUUCUUUAUGUCCCACCACUGAUGGUCAGGUGUGGACCAAGCGCAAUUGCACAUUAACUCUCCUCGACAGGAAGGGUAAAAUAAUACAGCAGGUCAGCCACAAUGUCGAGAUCAACGACAUCAGUCUGUCACCCACAACACUCACACUGUGGGUCUGUGGCGGACGCAACAUCAUGGAACUGGAAUCAGGACGCCUGAAACACAGAUUCAGAACCAAGGAGGUACCCUUGUGUAUAUGUAUUACAGCCAGUAACCAUGUCAUUGUAGGGAUGGCCAAACACAUCUCCAAAUUUACCACAGAUGGUAAAAUGGUGUGUACUACAAUGGAUAAAGUUACUGGGAAACCAUUAGUGUGUUCACCACACAGGAUCGCAGAGUGUCCCGUCACUCACAAUGUGGCAGUCGCUGAUAUCAGUCGUGAAAAAGAUGAUGGUGAUGGAAAACCACAUGUUGAUGUGAUAGACACUGAUUUCAACGAGCUGUUUGUAUAUAGAGGUGACAUCCCCAGUACAUAUAGACCAACACCACAAACAGGAGGUAAACUAUUUAUCCCCCAUGGUGUGGUGUAUGACAGCGUGGGGAACCUGAUCAUAGGGGACUGGAGCACCUGCAGGGUCCUACUCAUUGGUGGAGGUGGUGAGUUCCUCAGGGUCAUACACACAGACACACGCUAUACAGCAGCUGUAGGUAUAGACAGGGAGGAUGUCCUGUGGGCAGUGUUUAGUUAUGAAAAAGUCGCACUACUACAGUACAGCAGUAAGUGA